AUGUUUGACCAGAUCUCUUCUCUACCACAAGACUACUGGAUCCUGGGGGGCAUCCUCUGUUUCUUGCUGCCUUGUCUGGCCUACCCAUGUUACACCAGAUGGAAGCAACACGCACCCAAGAGCAGCCCGGAGUUCUCUGGCAAAGCAUCACCUGGGAAACCAAGGCCCGGUAGUGUGGCGUUUGAUCUGGCCACCGCAUAUCCUCCUCCCCGUCGGCAAUUCAUGAAUCCAAACAUUGGAAGCGCCACGAUAACAGACAGGUCACAACUGACCGCUACCGGGUUCUCCAAGGCUGACAUAGAUGUCCUGGGCGAUUUCCCCGACUAUGCUGCUCUUAGUGGUGUCCGUCUUCCUCACUCAUACCCGGAGUUCGACAUCGACAAGGCCAAGGCCCGACCCUACAGGCCUGUCCGAUGGGUCUAUCACCAGACCAUGUCCCUGCAAAAACUCGAGCCUGACUGGUGGAUUGAACUGGAAAGCUCUUACGCAAGGAGAAUAGAACAACGCAGACGGAUUGUGGCGGCCCAUGGCGACUUCGUCAUGAAUGCCUUAGAGGGCUCUGAGCACGCCUGCAAGGAACUGAUGGAGAUCGUGCUCCAGUUCUUGACGGCCCGAUAUCCCCAGUAUUUUUCGCUCGACGUGGCCAAUAUGACCUUCAACAACCGGAUCCUGGGCACGACAACUGAUUUGAGGGAGAAGCAGCCACUACAGGUCUUGCUCGAAAACGUCCCCGAAGACUUUGCCAUGGUACUACGCGAUCCAGCCACCGGCGUCUAUCACUUCAGGGCAGGCAUUGCGUGUACGUCGCAGGGAUGGUCGGUCGGCACCAAGAUCGGGCAGGAUCUGAGGGAGAUGCAUGGUCCAGUCCCGGACUACCAAAAGCAGAUGGCUGUUUCGAUGGACAGGUUCUUUGCCAAGAUGCCCACAGAUAAACCGAUCGAACGAGGCUCGUGGGCUCUGCCACGCGGCGAAACAUACUUUGUGCUGCCAGGCGCGGGCUACAAUCCCAAUCCCGUCGAGGAGGAUCCCACCGUCAAAGAGGACGAGUGCCACAUGCGAGUCGACUGGCAAACCCUGCGACGUCUGCCAGUGUCCGGAGCCAUUGUCUUCAACUUCAAGGCAAUGUUCUAUCCCGUGUCGGAUCUCCGAGGCGACCCUUACAUCCCUUCCCUUCUGCUCAAGAAUCUCAAGGAGGGCAAGCAGAACCUAAUCGAGCACAAACGCCUAGGAGAGACGAGACAUGUUGUGCAGCCACUACUAGAAAGGUACGAGAGGGAGCAGAUUGAAGAAGGACUGAUAGAGAAGGACUGGGAGGUCGAGACUCUGGCUGAGCAUCCUUUCUUUCCGGGGUGGGAGAAGCGCUGGCAUGAAGCUCAAGGCUUUUAA